UCCACAUGCUCCAUAUUGCAAAGUCGACAGCACAUUGCGCAGCAUCGUCGGCAUCGCUUGCUUUCCGUGCGAUUGGAUUCUUUCGCUGUGCCAUCUCAAAGUAUAGUCUCAGACCGUCAGACUUUGGAGUUUCAGUCCGAGCACCAUCUCACAGCAGGCAAAAUGAGAGCAGCAAGAUACUACGGCAAGGAAGACAUCCAGAUCAAGGACGACAUAGCCAUCCCGGAAUGUGGACCAGGACAGGUGCAGAUCUCGCCAGCUUACGUGGGCAUAUGUGGAACAGACCUGCAUGAGUACUUGGGAGGACCGAACUUCUCGCCUACCUCACCACAUCCAGUCACUGGAGAGAAGAUUCCCAUCACCAUCGGACACGAAUUCUCGGGAACAGUGACAAAGGUCGGAGAUGGCGUGUCGAAGCUCAGAGCCGGAGACAAAGUUGCUGUACAGCCUUCGAUAUACUGUGGCCAAUGCGGAGCAUGCAAAGUGCACGCUGAAAAUGCGUGCCCGAAAGGUGGUUUUGUGGGCUUAUCAGGAGGCGGCGGUGGCAUGAGCGAGUUCGUGGUAGUACCUCAAGAAGCCUGCUUUCCGCUGCCCUCAAACGUCGAUCUCGACAUUGGCGCCCUCGUGGAGCCGCUAUCAGUAGCAUGGCACGCUGUAGCCGCUACUCCCGUUGAGCCCAAUUGUCUGGUGAUUGGAGGAGGCCCAAUCGGUCUCGCAGUGAUACAAGUACUUUUAGCACAAGGCGCGAAGAAGGUGAUAUGUGCUGAAGUGGCCACGAAGCGUCAAGAAUUCGCUCGGGAGUUUGGUGCACAUCAUGUGCUUGAUCCAACCAAGGUCAACAUUGAAAGCACAUGCCUCGAGCUCUGUGGUGGGCUCAAUGGACCCGAUAUCGUCUUCGACUGUGCGGGAGUGCCCAAGUCGUUGGAAACAGCUUGCAAGACUGUUCGCUCACGAGGCACUGUCGUUAAUGUGGCCAUUUGGGAAAAGGAAGUGCCGUUCAAUCCAAACUGGCUGGUGUUCAGAGAAGCAACCUACAAGGCAGUAUUAGGUUAUCAAGCUAAGGAUUUUCAAGGAGUGAUAGAUGCUCUGGGCCAAGGCAAGCUGGAGCCUCACAGCAUGAUAACUAGCAAGAUCUUGAUGGAAAAGUUGGUACAAGACGGGUAUCUCGCUCUGAUUCAUGAGAAGGACAAGCACGUCAAGAUCUUGGUCGAUGUCCAAGCGUCUUUGUAGUUCUGCUGCAUUCUUUCUGUAGUCCAAAUAUCAGGCAAGGUGCGGAUGAUCG